CACACACCAUUAUUCUCGGCCGCCAUGUUGGUUCAUGGUUUACGGCGUGCGGCAAGAACCGCUUUUAAACCUAACCUUGUAGCUCGAACUUUAAGACAAACACAACAGAGAACACUUCCAGUAUGUUCGCAACUAUAUAACCGUCGCUAUGUUUCAACCGACAAACCUGUCUCGGCAGCAGCUGCUGCCUCGGCUGCCGCACCGAAGACAACUUCAACCACGCCAGCAGGAGCGCUUGCAGUUGGCAAAAUUAUUGCUGUUAUCGGUGCUGUUGUAGAUGUCCAGUUUGAUGAGGGUCUCCCUCCCAUUUUGAAUUCCUUGGAGGUCGAAGGUAGAUCACCAAGGCUCAUUCUAGAAGUCGCCCAACAUUUAGGUAAGAAUUUGUUUUGCCCGUUGAGAAUGGUUUUGUAUGUUUCUGGGCCAACAGGAAUUGUGAUGGGACCACCAGUAUCUUUGCACUUCUGGCCUCUCACAAGACCCUCUGUACCAUCCAUAGCGAUGGCUAUCUAUGUGCCAGCUGAUGACUUGACAGAUCCUGCACCUGCCACCACCUUUGCUCAUUUGGAUGCCACCACUGUGCUUUCCCGUGGCAUUGCUGAGCUUGGAAUCUACCCUGCCGUGGAUCCUCUGGAUUCUACCUCUCGUAUUAUGGACCCCAAUGUUGUAGGACAAGAGCACUAUGAAGUUGCCAGAGGUGUACAGAAGAUCUUGCAGGACCACAAAUCUCUCCAAGAUAUCAUCGCUAUCCUGGGUAUGGAUGAAUUGUCUGAAGAUGACAAACUUACUGUAGCCCGUGCACGUAAGAUCCAGAGAUUCCUGUCCCAACCUUUCCAAGUUGCUGAGGUGUUCACGGGUCAUGAUGGCAAGCUUGUCCCCUUGAAGGAUACCAUCUCAGGAUUCAAGAAAAUCCUGCAAGGUAGGUUUUAAUACACUGAUUGCAUCUGGUAGCAUUCAUUCUAACCUCCCCAAGUGGCACAAAACUACAUUUAGUGCUUGUGCUUAGUA